AUGGUCAGCUUUGGCAUCCCCGAAGUCGACUGGGUGAGCCUCGUGCUCCCUGCCGCCUACGUUCUCGUCCUCGGCAGCGCCCUCUUCACCUUUUCCAACAUUUACCGCAAGCGCAAGGCCGCCCAGAGCGCGAACCUGGCGCCAUGGUUCGGCCCGCACCUCCAGCGCAACAUCUACCUCUCCCUGCUGCACAUCAACCCCGAGGACCCCUCCGAGAAGGGCCCCCGGAUCCCCGACAGCGUCAUCAGGGCGGCGCUGCUGCGGCGCGCCGUCGAGGACAUCCACAGGCUCGUGCAGAUCAGGACGGCGAAGCAGGCGUGCAGCUCGCUACUACAAAAGGGCAGCGUCGGCGACGAUCUGUGGCAGCGGUUCCAGCGCGCCGAGAAGGAGAUGGAGGACGAACUUAGGGACGUCGUCAUGGAGGCCAACGCCCUCGCGCCCAACUGGGGCCAGAUCAUCUUCCAGUCCGCCAACGAGAUUGCCGCCAACACGGUGGUACGCACCCGCCUCGACGAGAUCCAGGACCAGGUCGACGCCGAGAAGGAGUGGUGGGAGAAGCGCAGGGGUACCAUUCAGGCCGACUUUAUGAAGGAGCUCGACGCCGAGAAGGCCGACUCGACGAACCCGCCCAGUGUCGAUGGCGACGCCGUGCUGGUGGACAAGAAGAAGAUCGAGGCGUAA